AUGAAAGAGCAAUCACUGGUCCACAGACUUCACGAUCUAACUUAUCCUCGCGUGAAUCUCAAUGAUCACGCCCUAGACGACAACUUACCCUCCUCCAAAUCUCAGCCCGAGAGUGAGUGCCUCCGCCUACCACCCAGAACGAAUGUGGGUGUCCUCGAUGCUCUCCCUCCCGAGCUGCUACAGAAAAUUCUAUCCCAACCUGACUUGCGCACUCUCACGGAUUUUCGACGGAUCAACAGACGCGUCAUAGACAUUCUAAGCAUCAAAACCGGCAGGUGGAUUACCUGUAGAACUCUAUACGAGAAACUGUGUACGCCAGGAUGCGAACAGUGUGGCGAUUUCGGCAGUUACCUCUAUCUUCUCACCUGCAAACGGGUUUGCUUCCUCUGUUUUUCGCAGGACAGGCUAUAUCUGCCACUGUCACCCAGACGUGCGAGCUGGAAGGUUGGACUGGAUAGCCAGAUCAUCAACACACUGCCCCGCAUGAGAGUCAUACGUGGCACCUACUCACCAAACGUGAAGAGGGUCGCCAUGCACAAAUACGUGGCGGACAUGGAGACCCAGAAGCUUCAGGCACACAAUGCAAGGGUGGCAGCAGUGCAGCAAUCCGGAUCCAUCACACGCCGCAUGCGACAGCCUCGAACAUCAGAUCCCUUCGAUGGACAAUCAGGAAAUCCAUUUCGAUUUGUGGCGAUCGUUCAGGUACCGUGGUUGAACAGAUCAUUGCAAGAGGUGAUAUGGGCCUUCCACUGCGUUGGACGGAAAUUCACUGCUGCAUCGUUCGAUGACCAUCUAAAACAAUUCGGUAAUAUCCAAAACUGGAAACAUCAUUUGUGCUGA